AUGCCGCCUUAUCGACGUCGUAAGAAUCAAGACAAACAUCACCAUGAAAACUGUUACGGAAGAAUUCCACCUCCAAAAUUCUAUGAAGCCUUGAUCCAAUUCAUGGCUGACACCUCUAGCCAAUUCGCCGAAGCGAUAGCACGUAUAGAAGGACCGAACGCAGCUGAAGCAUGGCUCACUGACAUCGAGGUACUGUUCGAUAUCCUCGGCUGCACCAACGAACAGAGGGUCAAAUACAUCGAACUAAAGCUGACAGGCGAAGCUGGAAAAUGGUGGACCUCCAAGGAGGUAUUGCUAACAGAACCCCAAAAUGAAGCGGUAAUUACUUGGGAUUUGUUUAAAAUUAAAUACAACAGGAGUUUCUUCCCCAAAGCUCAAAGGCAACUGAGAGCUAUCGAGUUUCAAAAUCUAGUUCAAGGAAACAUGACAGUGGAGCAAUAUUCUGCAAAAUUCAUAGAACUCGCUAGGUUCGCCACUAACCUAAUUCCCGACGAAGAAUCAAAAGCUGAGCGCUUCGAGAACGGCCUCAACCCUCGCAUCAAGGAAAGAGUCAUAUGCCUCGAGAUCAAGGACUACGCUAGGUUAGUGGAAGUAGCAUCUUUAGCGGAGAGAGGAAUUUGCGAAUCAGCAGCAGCCUAUAAACUGAAAAGGCAAAUGAAGCAGUAG